AUGGAGCCACCGGAGGCUGCCCCGGCGGAGUGCCGCUGCGGGCUUCCCUGCACGACGCUGCUGCUGUUCCUCUACCUGAGCUACCUGCUGCUGGGCAGCGCCGCGUUCUGGGCGCUGGAGUCGCCCCGGGAACGCAACAUGACGGACCAGCUCCUGAAGGAGAAGUGGGAGCUGCUGUUGAACUUUACUUGCCUGGAACGGGAGGCUCUGGAGCGGCUCUCGGAGAAUAUCAUCUAUGCCUACAAGAGUGGACUUUAUCUUAAAGAAAAUACAAGUCUGGGCAGAUGGGACUUUGUCGGCUCCUUCUUUUUCUCUGUUUCUACAGUAACAACUAUCGGCUAUGGCAACUUGAGUCCCAAUACGGUGGUUUCACAAGUGUUCUGCAUCUUCUUUGCCCUCUUUGGGAUUCCCUUAAACCUCAUUCUUCUGAAUAGGAUAGGACAGCUGAUGCUCUCUGGGGUGCAUCUAUGUGCCUUCUAUAUGGGUGUGAAAUUCCAGUGGCAGAGGGGAGCAGUUGUCUUGACCUGGACCUGUGCCCUGGGUACUGGCCUUUUAUUAUUUCUUUUGCUACCACCUUUGUUGUUUACUGCCAUAGAAGGCUGGACUUAUGAAGAAGGAUUCUACUAUUCCUUCAUAACUUUAAGUACAAUAGGCUUUGGAGAUUAUGUCAUUGGCAUGAACCCUACGCGUACUUACCCAGGCUGGUAUAAGAAUGUGGUAUCUCUAUGGAUCCUCUUUGGGUUGGCCUGGUUAGCCCUGGUCAUUAAUCUCUGCAUCAGCUUAGUAGAAAAUUCUAGAAGACUUUGCCAAUGCUGUAAGAGAAAAAGUCACAACAUAGGACACGAGUUAAUGAAUGGCAACUCAAACAUUAAUUUGGACCCAGGAGAUCAGCAGAAAUGUGGCAUGAAAGACAUAAAACCUGUGAGGCUGGACUGA